AUGUCGUCUGCGUCUGUCCACCCAGCUCGCUCUCUCAGCGUGGAGCCGGGGUCGUGCGUGCAGAAGCUGGGGGAACGUACCUACGGAGUCAUUCUCAAGAUGGCUCUGGAGUGCAUGGCGGGAGCUCAUGCCGUCCUUGGGUCGAAGGGAAGCGGCAAGCGCGCCCUCCUGGAGGUCAUCUCCCGCCGCGCCCAGGGCCCAACCCGCGGCCAGAUCCUCCUGAACCACGUGCCCAUGUCCCUCAGACUCUUCCAGGACUCCUGCGGCUACGUCACUCACAAGACCCAGCUGCUGGAGGGACUCACCGCCAAGCAGACCCUCGAGUACGCCGCCAAGCUGUCUCUCAGUUCCAAGGCGAAUCGAGUGCGUCAGGUGCUGGCGCCUCUUCUGUCCCAGGUGGCGAACCGGUCGGUGGACUUGCUCACCCCGUCGCAGUACAGGCGGCUCGUCAUCGGCGUCCAGCUGAUCAAGGAUCCACUCGUGCUCCUGCUGGACGAACCCGCGUGGGGCCUCGAUCCCCUCAAUACCUACUUCGUCAUCUCGAUCCUGAGCAACCACGCCAAGAAAUACAACCGCAUUAUUCUCGUCACGAUGGAGAAGCCAAGAUCGGACAUCAUGCCCUUUCUAGACCGCGUGAGCUACCUGUGCCUCGGUGACGUCGUCUACACAGGCUCCACGCGGCUUAUGAUCGACUACUUCAGGAGCAUCGGAUUCCCUUGCCCCGAGCUCGAGAACCCGCUUAUGUACUACCUGUGUCUAUCGACGGUUGACCGGCGCUCGCGAGAACGCUUCAUCGAUUCGAACAACCAGAUCGCGGCUUUGGUCGAGAAGUUCAAACUGGAGGGCGGCCCUUAUCGCAAAUAUUCCGGUCCGCCGCCGGAUAUGGAUCACUCAGAACACAAAGUCCCCUUGUCGGCUUACGGAAGACCGAGUGUGUUUUCCGCCAUGACGGCUAUAUUCGGACGAGCGUUUACCAUGAUGUCUCCCUGUAGUUAUAUGGGGAUCCAGCAGCUGUUUUUCAGACUGCUCAUGUUGCCUGCGUUCUUCUUCCUUUUGUGGAACUUCUAUUGGGAAAUUGAGGACUACCAGCGCUCCUUCCAGAGUAGAGGCGGUCUUAUCUUCAACUGUGUAGCUGGAACUGCUUAUCUUGCUACAGCUGCUACCUCAAAAACAUUCGCUCAGCACCGCACACGGUAUUACCACGAGGCUCGGGAAGGCCUGUAUCGAGGGCCGCUCUUCAUCACCACCUACAACCUGUUCUCCUUACCUGUAUCGUACAUCAACGUCAUGGCUGCCUCCGCUAUAGUCUUCUUUGGCCUCGGACUCGGGGACACAGCAGUCCAGGGUCCGGACUGGAUGGGCUGGCUGAUCUUCGGGUCGGUGUUAUGGGCGGUUUGGGCAUUCGUGGAGCAACAGACCGUCGCCCUUAUGAUGGUCGUCAAAUCGUCCUAUAGUGCUGCCGCUGCCUCGAUAGCGCUCACGACUUUCUACCUCCUUGUGGCUUCGGCGACGCUAAGGUCGCUCGUGGGAUUACCCGACUGGCUGUACUACCUCAGCCACGUGAUCGUAUACCGCUACGUCGCCGCCGUCCUGCACGAACAGACCUUCCUCGACAAGCUGCCCAAUCUCCCCGUCAACGCCACCUCCGUUUGCCCCGAUAACAACGCCGAGUACGGAUGCCGAUACCGCAACGGAACCUACUACCUGCUCGAGCGCUACCACUUCCCUCAGAACGGCCUUGACCUCGGCCGCCAGGACCUCGAUCUGUGGUCCAACUUCGGCCUCUCCUUCGCCUUCUUCGGGGGGAUGUUGACGCUCAACCUCAUCCUGUACUUGGUGCCGCUCCCUGCAUUCAUCAAAUCCAAAUUUAGGGACUGAUUUGUUUUCCUUUUCCUAUUUUGGCAUUUACUCUUUUUCCGGGUGAACAUGUGGCAAGAUUAUCCAUAGCAGGAGUGGAUGUAGUUACAAAUGUGUCCCUGACUUAAUCUUAUGGCGCGGUUAUUAGAUCACCCGUAGUUAUAUGAUAAUGCAGUAACGUUAUUAAUGUAAGUACAUACUCAUUAUCAGUAAGCGCAGUAAGGGUUUCUGUAACAGUGACCUACCAUAUAUGUGUAAAAAAUGAAACAGCGCCAUCUCAUUUAUGUCCAUGAGGGAAUGUGCAAUAAAGUUCUCUUUUUGGUUUAAUAUUUCCAAUUUAUAUAAAGAUGUUCGAUGCUCUGGUUUUAUAAUCCCUCCAUAAAGGAUUUAGUCAAAGAGAAUCUGAAGUGCAGGUAAAAGUUAAACCCUCAGACUGAGAGCUCAAGUCAGUGGUACAGUUGUAACUAUUUCGUGUCGUGACUUACGUCUUUCUUUGUGUACAGUAUUAGCUACAGAUUUAUCAUCACUGGAUUUAUUUAUUGUUGUGAACGUUUCCUGUCCAUAUUUAUGACGACUAUUUCAGCACCAUUCAUCUUUAUCCGCGGGGAAUUGUGUGAUAGUGUAAUUUAAGCUCUCAGCUUUAAUCACAAUAAAAUGUUUUAGUAU